AUGUUUCUGAAAACGUUAAUACAAUUAAUACCUAGAUCUAAAAACAUUUCUCAUGAGACGAAACUAUCGCAGUUGCUACUUAAACAUGUUAGUCUACCAUAUUCUCACUACAAUUCUACAUUAUCAAAGAAACGAGAGUUGGAUGCCGUUUUAUUUGACGUAGAUGGAACUCUAAUUGAUUCUGUUGAUUUACAUGCUAAAGCUUGGCAAGAUGCAUUUCGUCAUUAUGAUUAUGAGGUUGAGUUUAAAUUAGUACGUGAACAAAUCGGUGAUCAACUAAUGCCGCUGUUCAUUAAUGAAAAUGUUCUGAAGAAAAUUGGAGAUGAAUUACAAGAAUAUCGUGAUCAAUUAUUUAGAGAAAAUUAUAUGUCACAAGUGAAAGCGUUUCCUGGUGUACGCUCUUUAUUUAAAAUGAUUAAAAAACGUGGUGUCAAAAUAGCUUUAGCAUCAUCGGCACGAGAAAAUGAAUUACAAAUUUAUAAACGAAUUGCAAAUAUCGAAGAUCUCAUUGAUGGUGAAACCUGCUCAAAUUCAAAGGAUGUUAAACGAUCAAAACCGUACCCAGAUAUAUUUUUAGCUUGUCUAAAUGUAUUAAAACUUUCAUCGAAAGAUAAUGUAAUUGUCGUUGGUGAUACGCAAUGGGAUGCUAAAGCGGCGGUAGCUGCAGGACUGAAAAUUGUCGGAGUUGAAUGUGGGGGAUUUUCUGGUGAUCUACUACGACAGUCCGGGUGCCAAUGGGUGUAUAAAGAUAUUGAACAACUAACUCGAUAUUACGAUACUUUAUGCAAAGAUGUUUUACGUUAUGAAUAA